GAAAUUGUAUUUGUGUGCAGCACAGCAGGUAGAGAGAGAGGGGGGGAAGGAGGGUGAUGUGAUGCAGGUUUAUUGGUAGAGGACGCGUGAUUUGGGCAGAGCAGUCCAUUUUUAUUUUAUUGCCUUGUGUGUUGAAUCGUCUGGAUAGGAUUCCCGAAUGAGCAGAGUUUGUUCUUGGUUUUGGUUGCUCUGUUGUGCAUGUUUCUUGAGCUUGGUGGCACUGUGAAUGCUAUAUGGUUUCCUGCGUCAUUUGUUUGCAGGGGAUAUUUUUGGAAAAGAUGGAAUCUUGUACGGAGUGGAACUGAUCAGAGCGGAGGAAGUGAUGGAUAAUGCUUUUAGGCGGCCGAAUUAUGACAGAAACUGGAGGAAAUGCAUGGGUUUCGGAGGGUGUAGUUUGGAUUUGAGUGGAGGGGGGAAGUGAUUGAGAAACGGUGGUUUUUGUUUGGGAUUUUCUAUGGAUAGAGGUAGAGAUAGUAGGAGGGGAGGAGGAGGAAGUGGUGCAGGGGCGGUAUCUGGUCAUGUGGCGUCACGUAGGAGGCCUAGAAGCGGGUUCAAGGAUUCAUCAGCGGUCUGUGAGGAGGAGGAAGGAUUGAACGAGUCUCAUGAUUCUACAAGGUUGCGGGAAAGAUCUAGCAGUGCUAUCAAUAACAGUAAUAAUCACAAGAAGGAGCGAAGUAGUUUGUCUUCAAGCAAAAACAAGAGAAGGCGGCCUGGAUUGCCUGAGCGCUUCCAUGGCGGCGGUAGAGAUAGGGAUAGAGAUAGAGAUAAUGAGGAAGUAGAUGAAAGUAGUGAAGAAAGUCCAGUGGAAGAGGAAGAGGAGGACGAUGAUGAGCCUCCUCAUCGCCCUCUCCCUAAUCCCAGAAGGACAACAAAGUUUAAGUCGCAAUGGAAGGUUUCCGAAGAAACGAUUGGUGUCGGUCUUGAUUCGGUCCCUCGGAAAGCUCGGUCAGCAUCUGUGAAGAGGCCACAUGAUUCAUCAUCAUCGGCAGUAUUGUUAACAUCAGUAGGAGUAGGAGUCUCAGAUGGUAGUGUACAUCGUCGCCAGAAGUCUCCGUCUCCUGCUGGGCCAAGUGUAGUUCCGGCCUCUCCUUCGUCUUCAAAUGCAUCAGUGAAGCCUGGGAAGAGAAUGAAGCCAAUUGGGACGAAGCCUCGGCCAUCGAAAAUGGUAAAGAUGUCCAGCUCAAUAUCUGAACGGGAAGUAGAAGUUGCGGAGGUGUUGUUUGGACUGACAAGGCAAUUCCAUAAUCAUCACCCAGCUGGAGAAACCUAUGCAUAUUCAAAUGCAAAUGCAUCCAAGCCUGAUGCAAAGGAUUCCUCAAACGAUGGAUCGGUUCCUCCCAUUUACAAAGUCUCUUCCCCAUUACCCUCUUCUUCAGUUGUUUCUUCACCCAUUUCUACUUCUAUUUCUCCUCCUCCAUCAUCUGCAGCAUUGACAUUACCACAUCAUUCCACCUCAGCUCCAACACCCCCGACGGCUCCCAAGAAAAAACGGCCUCGACCGGCAAAGCCAGAAGAAGCAAGUUCUGCGAGUGUGAUGAGACCUCCAGUAUCUGUCUCAGCCGCUUUGACGACGCCAAGUAUUGCUUCUGGGGCAAGGAAUGAUAUUGAGUCCGGCUAUCAACAUGUCAAAAUGGAAACUUCUUCUGUGAACUCGGAGCCUGACGCGUUUUUACCUGUGAUUAACCCCAAGGGAAUCACGUCUGUCGCUACCACAACUUGUUCAUCUUCAAUUUCUACAACUGCCAAUCAAGUUUCCACUCCACUGGCGCCUUCAAAUCAGACUGAUGGGUUUAUUGCUAGCGAGAAGACAGCAGCCACUAAAUAUGCAGAUUUGAAAUCAAUUACAACUGAAAAGACAUCAGAAGCUAAAAUUCCAGAUCUUAGAACGCCAACCGAGAAUAUAGCAGAUGGUCAUAGUACCGAUUUGAAGGUAAUUCCAAAUGACAAGCAAGGAGGAGCUAACAGUGCAGAUGCUAAGUUUGUGACAAACGAGAAUACUGUAGAACCUAAAGCAGUAGAAAGUCACUCAGAUGAAAAGAGUCAAUUUGAUGCAUCCGAAGAUUUUAAAAAGUCAAUGACUGAUGUCUCUGAAGAUCAACCUGAUCAAAUUGUGAAGAAAGAACUUGAUGUGCCCGAUUCUGAUUUGUCCUCUUGUCCAGAUAAGAAAAUGGGGAUUGUAAAUAACAGGCUCACUCAGACUCCCAAAGCUGAAAGCAUUGUUGAGGAAAAGUUCAAGAUUGAUCUCAUGGCACCUCCCGAAAAGUCUUCUUUUGAUACAGACGAUGACAGCUUACCUGUUGCUGUCAGCCAUGUUACUGCUGAAGUACCAGAAGGAACUGGAGUUACUGUUAUCUCAGAAAUCAUGGCAGUCGCGGUAAAGGAAGAAAGGCAAUCGAACAAGUGGGAAGAGGAGUUGAAGGUAGAAAAGACAGAAAAUAAAUAUGACACGAGAGAUGAGGGAGGAGAGAAACUCUUGCAGAAGAAGCCUGUUAUAGAACAGAGAGGAAUUGACUUGCAAUUGGAUGGAGAAAAUUUGGACAACGUUUCAAAUAAACUUUUACCACAGAAGCAAAGCAGAACACUGAUAAAUGAGCCAAAAAUAGAAAAGGAAGAAAAAUCUGUUUCAGAAGGUGUGAUGGGAUCAAAUGUUUGUGCCUCUUCAAGUGUAGUUACUUCAAUGCCUAUAUCCAUGACAGUUCCAGGCUGGCCUCCUCUUGGAUAUUUUGCACCGGCUGCUGCUAAUUGGGCUGGUGCUUCAUCACUUCCAGGAGUCUUGCCUAUUGAAGGGACCAAUUCAACUCCGGCAAUACAGCCUCCCUAUAUUUUGCAGAAGUCUCGUCCAUCGUGGAAGAGAUGUGCUACUCAUUCAUACAUAGCUCAUUUUAUUGAAUGCCAAUUACGGAUGAGUCGCCAUUCUUUCUGGCCUCCGGCCAAUUUUUUUGCCUCUAGACAAUACAAUUUGAAUGCACCUUUGCCACCUUCAUCUGAGUUUAUCAAUUUGGGCAGUUCAGUCUCAGGAACUGUUUCUGCUGCAAGUGCUGGAAAUAAUGCAUCAGUCAGCCGUGGCUUGGAGUCUGUGCAGGACAAAAGCAUCGGAUUGACUGCUUUGAGUUCUAAGGAAAAGACUUCCAACUAUGUGGAUGCUAGAAGGAAACAAACUUCACAUCAGCAGGCAACCCAGCAGAUAAGUUCCACUUCAAUGCAGCCUGGACAUGGUUUUGUUUUGUCUGCUUCACAGUCUGGAGCUGUAGGAGGAAACUCUAGCACUGCUGGAAGCAUUGGUAAUGUUGGCUCCUUAGUGAAGAACAGCAGCACGGCAGUAGAAGCUGUUCCAAGUGCUGGGGCUGGGCCAGCUAAUAGCAACCUAGCAGGCAUGAGUGCAGAUGCCCAAUAUGUGACUAUGCUACAAAAUGGCUAUUCCUUUGCUAUUCCACAUUUUGGGUCACCUUAUGGUGGAGCGUCCAGUCACAUUGGACAACAGCAAGCUCAGUUUUUCAACGCUCCUAGUUAUACAACACAGUUAUUGCAUCCUCCUCAAUCCCAACCUCAACCUCAGUCUCAGCGGCAGGGCCCACAAAAUCCUAGUACAUCCAGUGGGUCAUCAUCAUCGCAGCAGCAUAAACAACAAUUUCAAGGUUCACGGAAUUUUUCUUCAUCACAAAAGCAGCAGCAGCAAGGAACACCAUCACCCUCUCCAUCAAAUUCUCAGCAGCAACACCAUAUGCCUAUGACACAAGCUCGUCAUAUUGACCGGGAGGCCAACAACGAGGGAGAUAGUCCCUCAACUGCUGAUAGCAGACUUCCAGUAUCUCAAAAGACUUUUUAUAGCCCAGCGUCACCAACCAGCUCAAAUUACAGUGCCACCCCCACAUCUUUACUUGCUCAAGGUCUGCCAAUACAAACUCAAGAUUUAGCUCUAUUCCCUCCCUCGGGAGGAAAGCAUAAUGGCAAGCAGCAGCAACCACAAUUUCAGUAUCAGGUAGCUUCAGGAUACAACUUACAGCAACUUGGAAAUGACCCAACUUUUCAAAUGAAAUUCAAUCUCAGUCCAUCUCAGGUUCAGGCAUUUGCAAUGAACCAAACUUCUAAUAUUUUAUGCGUUCCUCCUAUGGCACAAGGCCAUGCAAUGAUAACAGACCCUGCAAGGCACCAAAUUCAAGUCCAGGCUCAACAACAUGCAGUUCAACCUGGUGGUACACAACCACAGCAUUCCGGGCAAAUGCAGAGAACUCAAACAAUUAGUACUGGUGAUGGAAGAAAUAGCAUUGAUUCAAUGAGCAAUGCUAGUGGUAGGGGGCGUGAUGAUGAACGGAAGUCAACCAUGAAGGGUGGAAUGGGUCAUUCACUGCAUUUUUCCAGGUUUGAGACUGAGAAUUCCGCUAACAUUCAUGGAUCCCCAACAGAUGGCAGCCUUCCCGCUGCUCUUGUUACAAAUAACAUUGACAGCAUGAGUAGAACACUGAAUGCAAUUCCUUCUGCUGGAAAUGGAAGCCGAAACUCUCGUCCCACUAGCAGUUCUUCCCAAGGCAGUCCCCAUCUGCCCUCUACUCAACAGUUGAACCCGAAUACUAAGCAGACUGCAAGCCGUGUUAAAACCAUGCCUAGCCCAAAUGUACUACCAUCAGUAACUUCAGCACAGAUCACAAUGCCUAGUUAUGGAGGAGAUCGAACUCCACCGAAUUCCAAUCUCAGCAAGUUUCCGGCAUCUAUGUCAUAUCAAGGCCAAAAUAUGAAGCAGGGGCAACAGUCUCCUCAGUGGAAGAUGUCUUCAAGAACGCCCAUGCCCCCAACUAUGGCUGGUGUUGGUGCUUCAGCACAAGCUAUUCAUGCUGCAGAAAUGAAAAGUUCCCCUCAGCAAGGAAGGAAUCAGCAUAGCAAUACCAAUACAGGGGGUAGUGCAGUUUGCUCACCUCAAGCUUCAUUUGUUACAAGCUCAAAGAAUUCUGGACAAGCACCAAUGAAUUCAAAGAAUAAUUGUACUCCUAUAGUAGCUCCAAAGUUGUCCUCAUCAACUGCUCCAGUAGUUGGAUCAAUUCCCAUGUCUUCGUCCUCUCCGGUUUCAAAGUCUGUUGGGAGUCCUGCAUCAAGGAGCCCAACUGGGAGCAAAGGACCCGUCUCACAACAGAAACCUGCUGUUUCCACCUCUAACAAAAAGUCCUCUCCUGUUGGAAGCAGAAAUAUGCCAUCUGUUUUGGGGCCUUCAAAUGUAUCUCAAAGCUCAUCAGGGAAAUCUGGACAACAGCAAUAUCAGCAACAAUCAAUGCCUGCAAUGGCAUCUGGGCAGUCGGUUAAUCUAAAGAACCAGCAGUAUCUUAACCAACCUCAUUGCAAUCAGCAGCCGCUUAUUUUUCAACAUACUCAGUAUCUGUCGCAACAGGCAGUACAGCAAUCCCAGCAUUCAGCUCAAACUGCUCAUCAAGUGACAGGAUUUCAUCAAAAACAGCAAUUGCCUGGAUCAAAUUCUCCACAACCAGCUUUCAACACUGCUCAUCUGCGUCAACAAGUAGGUCAGCAGCAGCAAAUGCAAUUGGCUUCAUCAGCCUCAUCUACUCCCAGUAUGUUUCCUCUAGGAACUUUGACAUUGGGCGGUACCUCUGGUGGCUCUUCAAAAGCCAAUCCCAGUGUAUCUCUUGGAGGGAAUAGUAAAGGAAAUAUGAUGCUACAUGCACAGUGUAGUGGUCAACAGCAGCUGGGGAAUACGCGUGCAAUGUUGGCUUCUUCAUAUAUGCAGGCGAUGUCAUCAAAGUCUUCAGAUCAAAGAGUUGUGGCAGAUGUCUUAAGUCAAGAACCAAUCAAUGGAAAUCGAAUGCUACAGAACUCAGCUAAUUUAUGUUCAUCUGCUGGUCAGAACAGAAGUCCUUUCAAUACAUCUCCUCAGGCAGCUUCCAUUCAUGUGCCUCCAGGAAGCCUCAAAAAAUCAGGAGGCAGUGCUGUAGAAAACUUGAACUCGGGUGGCCUCAGCCUGUCUAUGGCACCAUCCUCUAGCGUUCGAACUAAUCCUGGACCAACAGGCAGUGGGAGUGUUGGGCAAAAUUCAGCUGGUAUGCAUUCAAAUCAAAUGCCUCCGAUGUCUAUCCACCAGCCUCCAGUUCCCUUAGCUGGAGGACCUGCAACAAGUGCUUCCCCUGGAUUACAUGGGCAAACAGCAGCAAGUGUGGUGCAACCAUGACAUAACAUCUGUAUCACAGUUUUGAGUCAAUGAGAAACUGCAGCAUCAAACCAUGUUCUUGGCAGCAGCAGCUGAAGCUUUUGUGCAUGGCCAUACAUUUGUUGAAGUGCCAAGGAUCUACAAUAUGUUUAUUGUACAUCAACAAGUGUAAAAUGGACUUAUACAAUUACUUUCUCUGCACCUUGCAUGCGCUCUAGAAAGGUGUGCCACCAAACGGUUGAAAUCCAUCACCUGUAUGCAAAAACCUUUCUUCUAUCAUUUUUGUAUUAUAGCAUCUGCUUAAAGUGUACCAAUCCAGCCUCUCCAUUGGAUGUAUCAAAUCCAUAAAUAUAUUUUCACCAUUUCCGAUGUACGAAUCCUUUUUUCUUUCUCAUGAUGGAAAUAUAUGUUGGAUAGAUAACAAACGGUUAUUAAGAUUUUAGGGCCACUGACUCAGAGGAGGCCAGGGUUUCCAUCAGAACCUGGAUUUCUGAAAUCUGGUGCUGCUUUUGUAUAUUUACACUUACAGGGAUCCUCUGUAGCACUAUUAAAAGAAUUUAAUUUUUUUGAAAUC